UUCUCAUUGUUUUUUUUUUUCAAGUAGCAGAGCCGCAUAACGCAAGCGCUUCCCUCUCUAUAAACACUGUCGCUGUUUCUCUCAGGAGCUUAUCAGUCUUCAUUGGCCCUCCCCUCUCCUUCUAUCUCUACAUUUAUAUCACGGAGCAGGAAAAGCCAAAACCUGAGAAGAAAUGACAACGAUCAACAAUAUGUCGACGAGAAUGUGUAGGGAUCAUCGGAUUUUGUCGUCGUCGGGUAACUUGAGUGAUGUGUUUGUGUUAGAAUCAAGGUUUAGAAAGAGAUGUUUCUUCCAAAAUUCCAAAUUUACAGUUAGAUCUAUGAAAGUCAGUGAGCAGAACCAGACGAGAAAGCUUGCGUCUUCUAACGGGCCCUUAACGGGUUCUGAAAAGGUGAGCUCUCCUUUUGAGCUUCUGACCAACAAUCAAACUCUGGGAAAGGAAAAUAUAAAUCCAAUUGCUCGAAGGAAAACAAAAAUAGUUUGUACAAUUGGUCCUUCCACAAGCUCGCGUGAAAUGAUAUGGAAACUGGCAGAAACUGGAAUGAACGUGGCCCGGUUGAAUAUGUCGCAUGGAGACCAUGCUUCCCACAAGAAAACUAUCGAUCUGGUCAAAGAGUAUAAUGCACAAUCCGACGACAAUGUUAUUGCCAUAAUGCUAGACACUAAGGGUCCCGAGGUUAGAAGUGGAGAUGUGCCUCAACCAAUUAUUCUCAAGGAGGGACAAGAGUUUAAUUUCACCAUCAAAAGAGGAGUCAGCACUGAAGACACUGUUAGUGUAAACUAUGAUGACUUUAUAAAUGACGUGGAGGCUGGGGACAUGCUACUGGUGGAUGGUGGAAUGAUGUCAUUGUCUGUGAAGUCAAAGACAAAGGAUGCAGUUAAGUGUGUGGUAGUUGAUGGUGGAGAACUAAAAUCAAGGCGCCAUUUAAAUGUGCGGGGAAAAAGCGCAACUUUGCCUUCAAUUACAGACAAAGACUGGGAAGAUAUCAAAUUUGGGGUGGAUAACCAAGUUGAUUUUUAUGCCGUGUCCUUUGUAAAGGAUGCAAAAGUGGUUCACGAGUUGAAAGAUUAUCUCACAAGCUGCAAUGCUGACAUCCAUGUGAUUGUAAAAAUUGAAAGUGCUGACUCUAUACCAAAUCUCCAGUCAAUAAUUUCUGCAUCAGACGGGGCAAUGGUUGCUCGUGGAGACCUCGGUGCUGAACUUCCAAUAGAGGAUGUCCCUUUAUUGCAGGAAGACAUCAUUAGAAGGUGUCACAACAUGCAGAAGCCUGUUAUUGUAGCAACAAACAUGCUGGAAAGCAUGAUUGAUCAUCCUACACCAACAAGGGCUGAGGUUUCUGACAUAGCAAUUGCAGUACGUGAAGGUGCUGAUGCAGUCAUGCUUUCAGGAGAAACUGCCCAUGGAAAGUAUCCACUUAAAGCUGUCAAAGUCAUGCACACAGUGGCAUUGAGAACAGAAUCAAGUCUGCCAUGUAACACAACAGCUCCAACCCACAAUGUCUAUAAGAGCCAUAUGGGUGAAAUGUUUGCUUUCCAUGCCACAAUUAUGGCUAACACUCUCAAUACACCUAUCAUUGUCUUCACAAGAACAGGGUCCAUGGCUAUACUUUUAAGCCAUUAUCGGCCUGCCUCAACAAUAUUUGCCUUCACAAAUGAAGAAAGGAUAAAGCAGAGGCUGGCACUAUAUCAGGGUGCCAUGCCAAUAUACAUGCAGUUUUCAGAUGACGCAGAGGAGACCUUUGCCCGAGCACUCAAGCUAUUAUUGAGUAAGGGUCUGUUGAUGGAAGGACAGAAUGUUACCCUUGUCCAGAGUGGAGCGCAACCUAUAUGGCGUCGAGAAUCUACUCAUCAUAUUCAAGUUCGCAAGGUCCAGGCCUAACUUUGUACCAAUAAAGGGUUUUUGUUUGAGCAGCUGAUAUUUAUCUUGAGAUUUGUUUUAUUUUCGUCUAAUUACUAGUAAUAGUAACUUGCCGUUCCAAGUAUGAACUCAAAAAAAUCCUAAUGAAUUUGAAUACCACAAAGGCUAAUUUUGUUGCAACUAUGUUCAUGUAGAAAGAAAAUUAUCUACUGAUUACGAAGGCAUCCGAUAAAAUCUUGCAAUGAUUUCUUCUG